UUCCUCAGCUGGAUGCAAAAUAAAAUUGGUGGAAAACAAGAUAGCAAAAAAUCAAACACAUAUACAACUACUUAUGGUGCAAAACAAGAGGGUCGAGAAGAAUUCAGCGAUUGGCCUCAGGGUUUACUAGCAAUUGGAACGUUUGGAAAUAACAAAGAAAUAAAAGAAAAGGCAGAGAAGCAUAUUAGUAAAGAGGAUCCAUCCUCGUCUGAGGAAAUAGCAGACUUCACCCCUGAAGAAAUCGGAAAACUACAAAAAGAGUUGACUAAACUCUUGAGACAAAAACCCAAUGUGGAAAAGGAAAUUGCUGAACUUCCUCUGGACAGAUUUCUCAAUUGCCCAUCGAGCUUGGAGGUUGAUAGGAGAAUCAGUGAUGCACUUUGCACUGAUUCAGAAGAGAAAGAAGAAGACGAAGAUAUUGAAAAGACGCUUAGCGUCAUACUUAGUAAAUUCAAAGAGAUUUGUGCGGAUAAUAGCAAGAAAGCAAUUGGGAAGAAAUCAAUUUCAUUUUUGCUGAAGAAGAUGUUCGUAUGUAGAAGUGGAUUUACUCCAUCACCCAGCCUUAGAGAUACUCUCCAGCUACAAGAGUCAAGAAUGGAGAAGCUUUUAAGGACAAUUCUACACAAGAAAAUAUACUCCCAACAUAAACAUUCUUCUCGAGCGUUGUCCCUCAAGAAGCGCCUCGAGGACAGGAAGAUGCAGAAGGAGGAUGAAGCAGAGGAGAGACCUGAGACUGACGAUGGCUGUAAAUGGGUCAAGACUGAUUCUGAAUAUAUUGUUUUGGAGAUUUAA